GGACAUGUGGUGGUGCCUCCACUUCUCCCUUCUGCUGUGACUUUUAGCUAGCCGUGGUCUUCUCACCUGGUUAUAAUCGAGGGCUUCUCGGACCCUGACCAGGAUUGCCUGGUCGUGGACUGUGUUCCCGUGGAAUCCAGCCCCAAAACCAGCCCCAACCUUAGUAAAAAAAAAAAAAAAAAAAAAAUGCAGAAAAGAGCCUAAAACUUGCCCCUCAGAAGUGUGUUUGUUUGGUACUCAAGGUGGCACUAGUGGAGGCCCCCGGCUGGCUGGGCCGCGUAAGGCAGGUCAGAGCUAUCCCUAAUCUAUCCUCGCUAGACCUGCUAACAUUGCAAGGAAAAUGCACAAUUGGCAACUCCGACCUGCCGGACGCGGUCCAGCCAGCUGGGGACCCCACGUCUCCACUAGUGCCCUCAUGAUGACUGGCAAAGGUGCAGUGCUGGCUAUCCCUCCUGUACCCAAGCUGGAGGUGACGUGGUUGGCCUAGUGCAGCAGGUGCAACUUAACCAGAGAUAGUGCAGCAGGCACAGCACACAGCUCACCUAGGAGGUAUCACUCUGUCCCUCUCACAGCCAUGCCACAGAAUGAACACAUUGAGCUUCAUCGGAAGCGUCAUGGCCGCCGCCUUGACUAUGAGGAACGCAAGAGAAAGAAGGAGGCAAGGGCUGGCCAUGAACGAUCGGCCAAGGCACAGAAGCUGUUCGGUUUGAAGGCCAAGCUUUACAAUAAACAGAGGCGCAAUGAGAAGAUCCAGAUGAAGAAGACCAUCAAAGCCCAUGAAGAGAAGAUGACUCGACAGAAAGACAGGGAGGGGGUGCCAGAGGGGGCCGUGCCGUCCUACCUGCUGGACCGUGAAGGACAGUCCCGUGCUAAGGUCCUCUCCAACAUGAUCAAGCAGAAGCGGAAGGAAAAGGCAGGCAAGUGGGAUGUCCCAAUCCCUAAGGUCAGGGCACAGUCUGAAGCUGAGGUAUUUCGGGUUAUCAAGUCUGGCAAGCGCAAAUCCAAAGCGUGGAAGCGCAUGGUCACCAAAGUUACCUUUGUUGGGGACCAGUUCACCCGCAAGCCACCCAAAUUUGAGAGGUUCAUCCGUCCCAUGGCUCUACGUUUCAAAAAAGCACAUGUGACUCAUCCAGAGCUGAAGGCCACAUUCUGCCUCCCUAUUAUUGGUGUCAAGAAGAACCCAAGCUCCACCAUGUACACUUCCCUUGGCGUCAUCACUAAGGGCACCGUCAUCGAGGUGAACAUUAGUGAACUGGGACUCGUGACACAGAGCGGCAAGGUGGUGUGGGGCAAGUAUGCUCAGGUGACCAAUAACCCAGAAAAUGAUGGGUGUAUUAAUGCUGUACUACUAGUGUGAGGGAAAGCCACAGUAAAGGCUCCCUCUUCUCAGCAGUCUUGUGUGCAGUGAUGAGUUGGGGAUUCUGUUGCCUGUGCCUUUAAAUCUAUUUUGAAAUAAAGUUCUAAUGGAA